AUGUCUACCAGCACUAACGGAGCAAGUGGUUUUGUUUUAAUUAAUAAUGGAGUAAGCAUUGCAGGUUUGGCUACAAUUAAGCGGCGGCGGGGUUUAGAAACUGAGAAGCCUAUUCUUCUUGCAGGACCUGGAAAGGUUGGUCAGGCAUUAGGGCUAUCAACAGAAUGGUCUAGCCAUGCUCUAUAUACUGCCGGCGGUUUAGAACUCUUAGAUGGGCCAGAACCAGAACAUAUACUAGUUGGUCCAAGAGUUGGUAUAGAAUAUGCUUUGCCAGAGCAUGUUAAUGCAUUGUGGAGAUUUGCAGUUGCCGGUUCUUCAUGGAUCAGUGCCCCUAAAAACACUCUCAGACGUCUUUAGUGCACCAACAGGCUCCCUGAAUAGCCUCCCAAAAGAGCAGGAAAAAGGAAAAAGAUGGAGAACGUAAUGGAGCUGUUGUUUAUAAUUGUAGAGAAUUCAUAAACCCUUCUACCAGUUUUUACCCCCUUUCUGUGUAUAUUUGGGUUUACUUGGUCUAUCACAAUCAUAUUUUUUGUUUUUUUUGAUAAUCCAGAAAUCCCCGAUGGCCAGUUGGUGCAUGGUUUUAAAAUCGAUAUAUAGUGAGUUUGCCCCUUUA